GUGCUCCGCCUCGCCUCAGUCAGCCAAAGGCGCGCGAGCUCUACUCCGCUAUCUUCCCCUCAGGCCGCGCUCCGCUGUGGCUCCUCGGGCGGGAGACGGUGUUGGCGCCACGAUGUGGCCGUGAGGGGGAGCGCCUCAGGGGACCGCCCCGCCCUCCUGCCGCAGGUGUGCGCUCACUUCAGCGCCCUCCCGCUGGUCUGAGGGGGCCAGGAGGGGUUCCCUCGCCUUCUCUCGGCGGCGAUCUUCCAAGCACAGUUGCCCUGUUUUCCUUUAGUUUUAUUUGAGGUAAAACCCAGCUUCAGAGCAGCUCUCUGUGCUCUGAGGAAAGCCAGCUACCUCAGGUCGCAGCGUCCUGAUUGACUCCUUCAGUGGGAUUUUAGGUUGUCUUUUUCUGUUGUUUGGUUGCUCGUUUUUUGGGAGGAGGAGGAGGGAUUGCUUAUUUGUUUCCAACGUAACUUAAGUAACAUAAAGCUUACAGAGAGUGAUUCAGGUGCUACCCCCAGUUUAUGACAGCAAACCCAAUGGCAAGAGUCCCUGUGGUCCCUCACAGCUUUGUGUAGCUUUCAGUGUAAAUGAGGAGGUUCCCCAUGCCAUUGCCCAGGCUGGUAUGAAAAUAAUAAAUACUGCUUACCAAUUCUGUGAUUUCUCCGCCUGCUCUGAAUGAAGAUCAGUGACAGCCAUUCUCUGACUGAAAGUCACCUUAGCAUGAGCUGUGUUGGUUUAAAGAUGGUGUGUUAUGAUCACUGCAUUUACGGGUGUAAUUCUUCCUGCACAGUCAAGAUCUGCUGCUAAAGAAGGCACUUGGGUUUGUUUUAGGUGAUUCCUCAUUGGCAGAUCUCUCUCACCUGGUACUUCUCUCUUUUUCCUCUUCCCUGAAGGAGCAAACCAUCUACCAGCAUUCUGUCCCAUUAGUUUUUAUGAUCAUUGGGAAGACAUAGCUUAUUCUGAAUACAGCAAGUGGCUCUCACAGGAGAAUUGUCCUCUCCAGAAAGCAAAGCCCAGGAACACUAUAGCGUGCUUUACAACAUCUUUAUCACAAAAAUCCCCACUUGGCCAUUCAGAAGACUUUUAAAGUUUACUGAAAGCAGAGGACCCAGCCUUUCUUUUCUGUGUUUGCAAUCUGACAAGAUGAUUUUUCUCCUCAUUUGUUUGAAAUGGCGCUUUGCCUUAAAGCUAUAGCUUUUGGACUUAUCUGAUGAAGUUUCAUGUGACUUUUCAUGAUUGCAAGAAGAAACUUGAGAUGUGUUUUCCUUUAAGGAUGAGAAACAAGGAAACACGAUGUUCUUAAAAAAUUGUCUCAAAACACCGAUCUUGUGAUUUUUCUAGAAUUUGAGAUAAAGGUUUUUUAGUGUUACGCUGUAAGUAAUGCAAAGCAAAAAAUCAGAACAGCAAAACUGUCAGAACUAGCAAAAACUGUUGAAAUAGUUUAUCAAAAAGCUUAUCCAGUGUAUAAUUUAUUAUGAUUUAUACAAUAGCAGAUAGUCAUUGCAGGGGAGUUGGACUAGCUGGCCCUUAGAGGUCCUUUCCAACUCUAAGGAUUCGAGGAUUCUAUGACAUGAUCUGCUUGUCAGAUAAUAUCUAGUGAUUUCAUAACAUUUGGACAACAAAACUGCUUUCUAUUUAUUGAUAACAUCACCACUUCGGUAAGGCCAUUUCCAAAAGGGGAUUUUAGAUUUGGAGGUGGGUAGGAGAACCAUUAAAACAGCUGCUUUUGGUAUGCAGUGCUGGUGGCUCCCCUUGGAUAUAAAGUAGAUUUUCAACCUGCCUUUUUCUCUUUGGAGCACUUUGAAACCCUGCUGUAGUAAAGGGCCGUAUUUUCUUUGAAUAAUGAAAUUUUACAUGUACUUUUUAUCAUAAACAUUCUAUUUUCUUUGCAUUACACCUGGACUGUGCUGCAGUACAUAGACUCAUACAAUAGGCAUAUAACAGAAAACCAGUUAAUAACUGUAACUUUAUGUUAUUCACACUCUUGAAAUUUGUUUGUCUUGCUCUUUCUCACUGACAACGCUAUUUGAAGAGCAAGUUUGGGGCAAGGAAGAGAUUCCUGUCUCUGCUCAGUGUAUAGUUCUGAAAUAGUUAUUGCUAUUUCAAUUGUGUGGACUAUUAUGGAAUGAUAACAGUUUACAUUGACUGCUCUCUCAGUCCGUUUGUGAGAGAAACAGCAAGAAGGAAUAAUAGGAUCAUGUCCUCUGUCUGAACUUCUGGCUAUUUUGGUUCUUCUUUUCAAUGCUAUAUAGAAAAAUUCCAAAAAUUACAGAGUUGCAGUAGGCCUGUUCAGUGUUACAGCAAUCAACAUGCACAUGCUCUGCAUUCUAACUUUCCAUAAAAUAUCCAGUCACGUGUAAUUCAAGAUAAUAUUGUAGCCUGAGCCCCAAACUGCCUCAUACUCUUGCAUACAACAUGUAGUCAGUAAUUUCUAUUUUAAGGCAAAGCUUAGGGUGUGAGAUACAGUUUCAUUAGGACCACCAUAUGCCUGGUCACCUUCCACUCCAAAGAACAGGUAUGUUCUCUUGUUCUUUUGCUUACUGUGUUAGACCGUAACCAAGGUACCCACUGAGACAAAAAUGCCAUUCUGCAUACCUGUCUUGAGUGUGAGAAUAGGAAAACAACACAGCUUACUGCAGUUCUGAAUCAGUACAGAUUGCAGUGUUGUGUAAGAAAAUACUGCCUUUCAUGUAGGCAAGAAUACAGCAUUGACCUGUCACCUGAGGAGUGGUGGAUUUAAGCAGGGAGUACACAAGUCUCCUGUAACACUAGGAAUAGGUCUUUUUAUGACUUGAUGAGGGUCUCUCUCUCACUGCUGAGCUCCUGGCACUCUUACAUUUUCUUGCCAGCCGGUAGGGGGCAAACUUCACAGAAGGAUUCCUCAGCACUUCGAUCCCAGAUAGAUUCCAGCCCAAACAUAGACUCACAAGGUGAAAAGGAUAUUUUCACCCUUGUCUUUACUCUUAAUAUUUUGGUUCUUAAAAAAAGAAAAUGAAGUAUAAUACAUUAUUUAUAAGAAAAGUAUGUUGAGUUGUCUGCUUUUGUUCACCAAGUCAUUGUAUAUUACCUAUCUAAUUGUAUGGGAGCUGUUGAAUCACGGCCUGAACCUCUGAUUGAUCACCUGAGGCAAGCACUGAGUCAGCCACAGGAGCACAGGUGAAGGCAAUUGAGCUGUGUGACCAGAAGGGGUGGAGCCUGGCUGCACCUCUCCUUGACCUCAUUUAAGGGCUGACUGCCACUGAGGAAGGCUUUCUGUCUGGAGAUUGCUCCUUGUGGAGUUUUCUUGAGCACCUAUGCUGUUGAGCUUUUUUUUUCCAUUUAUUUCUGAUUAUCUUUUCCAACGUGGUGAUCUUUCCAGCUAUAUGCUCUUAAAAGACCAGCCUAACUUCUCUGUAUACUUACUGGUUAUACAUCUGUAUGCUCAUUGAUUAUAUACUAAUCUUGUCAGGGGAUAACUAACUGAUUAGUGGUUUACCUGAUAUCAUGUACUCACAAAGUUCUGUUAAUAUGUGCCUUUAAAGAAUGUAAUUCAUUCUUGUAAGAUCCAGGUUCUGUUUCAGUGAAAUCAACAAUAGAACAUGAAUGACAGAAGGCAUCAGUCUCUAUUCUUUGCCGGCCUGCCAGAGCUGCAGAAACUCUGUGCCACUACAAUAACACUGAGCCCCCAGUUGCCGGAAAGUGAGAUGAGGAGCACGCAGAUAAAAGUCUGCAGGCAGCUAAUAUUCCUGUAUCAAGAUGUCCUUUCUGCACCUGUUAUUGGAACAUUAAAUCAAAUUUCAGUUGUCAUGGCGAUACCAUUUUACAAAUCAGGAUUAUGUGAAGCAUAUGUGGAGAGACAAGGAGCUACUCUGGAAGCACCGCAAAGAGUUAAUCCAGCCAUUCUCCAAACUUGCCUCUCCUACACACUCACAGCCAGACUUGCACCUAGGUGGAACAAGGCUGGUCAUCUCCUGGUGCAAGGAAAAGAUUUUUUGUCUCAAAUGGGAAGGCAAAAUGCAGUUGUUCUAGACAUCAAUGUGUCAGAGACACAGCUUUGCAUCAGUGUGGAGGCUUGCUCAGUUCGGUUGCCACCCCCCGAGCUGGGAGACUUUGAUAUUUCGGCAAACACCAUAAAGCUGUUUGAGAGCAAUGAAAACACAGUUAUUGACAGUCAUUCCAUAUUAACUAACUGGUGCUAUGUUUUGCCAAGCAUGAAAAUGGGUCAGAUCAUAAACAUCAGCCGUAUAAUUCCUCCAGAAUCUCCUUUCCACUCAUAUGAAGAAUUUCAGAUGCACUGGAAGAAUCUGUACGGCUAUAUUCUUCCAGAGGAUAUUGAGGAGAGAGAAAUAUACUUGAGUGUUUACUUCAAGCCAAUAGGAGAAAGGUUAUUUACGUACCCUCUAAGAUGCAUUCGAAGUCAGCCAGUGCAGUAUUUCCCUAGAACAGAUUCAGAAAGUGUGUUGACGUCUUUUAUUUCCGACGUGAAGGCUAAGUUUUCACAUCUGUGUGGAUUUCCAGUAAGGAUGACAAGUAAAGCACUUUAUGCUACACAGGAACUCUCCCGGACCCCAGUGUGUGAAAUGCAAUCUGAGUCUAUGAAAUUGGCUGGUGAAAUGGUUUGUGUAGUAUCCCUGACCCAGACACCUCCAAGGAAGCCGGCUUUGCCUAUUUCUUCCUCACGCAGUACGGAGAACAGCCACUGGAUGGAGCAUUUGAUCAAAGAGCCAAAACCGCACUCUUUUUCAAGUAGCAAUAGAAGUGCGGAAAAGAUUAGCGUUGAAGCAACUGAGAAGUUAAUCAAUAGGCAAAUACCAGGAAUAUCAGAGCUACCGCUUAGCAAGUCCUUAGGAGUGCCUGGAAGUUCAGCCUUCGAACUCCCUCCAAAAAAGAUCAGCAAAAUUAUACCUAUUUUCAAAGGAAGGUUGAUGCAGAUGAAUGGAAACCCCACAGAUCAAACUGAUGGGAAGGAAAGAAAAAAUGUUGAAAGACAAUCACCAGUAAAAAGUGCUAAAUUUUCUGUGUUGACUGUUUGCAAGUCCAGCUUAACUCAGGUUUAUAAACCUGCUACUCACAGCAACUCACUUCAGAUAAUUACUGAGAAAGCAUAUGUAAAACAAGAUGUAUCUGUAUUUCAGUGGAAAACAGAGUCUCGUGGACAAAUGAUUAAUUCUGAUUCUUCCAGUAACUCAGCUGCAGGUUGGAGUUCAAGUGAAGUCAGUCACAAUAAGGCAAAUUCUCCUUCCUUGCUUAAGAAUGUUAGGCCGGUGCUUCAGAAAUCUGGCAUCAGUCCAAACCUAAAUACGUAUGCAUCUUCCACUUCCAAUUCAAGAGGGGGUAAAAAUUUUGCAAGUCAAAAUACCAUGCAAGUUCUCAGGAAACAACACCAGUCAAAGAAAGUACAUUUGCAGAUUCAUAAAGUAGAGAAUGAAAUGACAAAUUCCAGUUUACCACAGCAACAAACAAAGAAAUCAAAUGAAGGACCAGGGUUAAAUAUUCACAAAUCCAUCUUAAAUGAUACAGUGUGCAUUGCCAAAAGUGAUGAAAGCAAAGCAUCCUACCGUUCUAAGAACUGUAUUGCUAAGACGACCAGUCUUCAUUCCAACUCUGUCUGUGGACAGAUGUUUACAGGAAACAAAUAUCUGACAUAUGAUGAAACAGUGACCUCAAAACUGACUCACUCAACGAAGGAGAACAAUGAGGAAGCAUCUGUAAAGAAAGGUUCUGCCAGAAAAAGACAGAAAGAAGAAGGUUACUCAAAAUUAAAGAAAGUCAAAAGAAGUAAGCCUUUUAUUUAGGAUAUAAUGGAGUACUGAAGAAAAUUCUGGGCUUCCAAGAGGCCAUUAACGUACUUGAGAAUCUCUGAGCUUUGUGAUCUUUACUCUGUUUAUGUCAUGUCACUGCUACCUGUUUCUGGAUGAAAAAUUGAAGGUUAAAUACAUACAGUCAAGUGAAUCCAUAUGUCGCCUUCUACUCCAGGCAGUUUAGGUUAGUAAUCCUCAAAUGAUUUUGGAAAUUCAGCUAAUUAUUUGGAAUUCUUUAAUCACAUUAUGUCUGUCCUAGCACUUGCUUACAUGCUCGAUUGCUGUUCCAAGUUAUUUUGAAGUUUCAAGUCUGUAUUUUUAUAUCAUCAUUAUAUUUAAUGACACAAUUGUUUGCUAUGAAAUCAGCAUCUCUUUGUUUCACCAGUAAAACAUUCCUAAAUAACUUCUCCUUGUCAAAUAGUUAGAAAAUAAACACUGCAGAUUUUCUUAGUUAGGGAACGGUCUCAAGGCUGGAUUUGAUUACAGCUUCUUUAGCUGUAGCUGUCACAUCUUUUAGUGAAUUUCCAUUCUCACAGACAAAACUACUGGAUAUAAAGGAUUUUUAAAGUCCAAUUCACAACACCAUUCUUGAGCAAUUCAUGCAGAAUAUAUAUUGCUGCCAUUUAAGUAAUUUUAUCAAAACAAAUGUAGUUACAAAAGUAAUAUAAAUUAUUUUGGUCCCGUUGUUGUUGUUUGUAAGCAAAUAUUAUUGUGUUACAUGAAAAUUAAGAGGCGAAUGACAAUUUCUAAACUCAAACAACAGAAAACUGUAGUAUAACAUUUGCUUUGAUAAUACAUUGCCAAAACCUUUUUUUUUUUCCUAAAGGAAAUGGUACGGUGAGACUUCACCUGCUUUAUGAGAACUUUGUAUAUUGUCACAGUUGUGUUCUUAUUUGCCUCAUGUUUCACAUUAGGAUUUUUCUUACCUACGAUGACAAGUUUUGUUCAUCAUUAUUUAUUUCAAAUGGAAAAUGUUAGCAUAGCUCUAAUUUAAUGGUGCCAGCAUUUAAAAGAAAGUGAGCACUUCAGUGACUUGUAAAUUUAUUGCAUACAAUAUAAAAAAACUAAAUAACACAACACACAAAAAAGAGCAAUGUACUCAUCAAGAAACCAAACCAUAUUUACAUAGAAUGCAAACUGUUAUACAAAGCCACUUUUCAAAAUGCCGUGGAUUAGUUAUUCUUUCAUAGGUUUAUUGAGAUGUAAUCUGUCUUUUUCUGUCUCACAAUAUGGAAAAGCUCCUGAAAAGGUUGCCUUUAUGCUAUGCUAUAUAAACUUGUGCUUCCUCUGGUCUGUCUCCUAUAGUUGCUAUUUAAGUGCUGCCUGUUUCCAGCAUUUGCCUGGUAUCUUCUUAUUAAUGGAAGUUAUUCUGCAUCAUUCUUGUGUUUCAAAAUGUUUGCAUCACUUUGUGUUAUCUAAUAUAAUACUCCAAAUCGUGGAAAUACAGUUAUUGUAGAUCCAGUUUGUUCCACUUCAAAUAAACUGCUGAAUAAUUCA